UCGGGUCAUCUCGACUUUAGGAGAAAUAACUAUUGCCAAGCUUUAAUGUGCUAAGUCUUGAAGCUUUGUUAGCAGGGCACAGAUACAUUAUUAUUAUUAUUAUUAUUAUUAUUAUUAUUAUUAUUAUUAUUGGAGUUUAGAAAUGGAUACAGAAGACAUAGGAUCAUGUAAAUUAGGGCAAAUAUUGAAGCAGAUUUGGAGACACAACCAAAUGUUAAAGCAGGCACUCGUGGGUGAUGAUCUCUGUGAAGUGGCUGGGGAAGCCCCUUGGGUAUCCACAGUGAUCUUUUUGGGUCAAGGACUCAGUGAAGCCCUUUAUCAGUUGAUGGAGCACACUGCAGGGUCCCUGCAGGCCACCUGCCAGCAGCUGUACAUACUACUGGACAAGGAUAAUCGGCGUGUCUGGAGACAAGAAAUUAUUGCUUUCAUAGAUUGCCUCAUGAAAAUAAAUGCACAUUUGGGGAACACUGCUAUGCUUCUAAAGAAAGAAGAAAAGGAGAUGUGUAAUUUAUUCAGCAUGCAUGAGGACCACACUCCACAGCAGACAAUGUCAGCCAUUCAAGAGACCAAAGCAACAGACAUUGCUCCAAGAAGGGAACUAAAUGUCAUGGAAACAGCUACUGUUUCUCCUGAAAAUGCAGAGGAGCGUCAUUACACAAACAAGGGCCAGUCAAAAGAAAAUAAAACACAGAUAAAUUCUGAAUUAGGGGCAAAAGAAAACAAUGCAUCAUUGAGCGGAAACAUAAUAGGGCAAGAAGAGUGGCAGAGCGCAGUGUCCCCAGAUGAGGCAGAAGAUGAAGAUGAAAAACAAACAGAACACGUGACCGCUGAGAACAUAAAUGGCAACAAGGAAGACAUUCAUGAUGCAAUCCAGACAACAGCCAGGGAAACUCGAGAGACCUCAGAAAGCCACAGAGAAAAGAUUACCACAUCCCCAUCAGCAUGGGAUGUCUCCAGUAAGGACGGGAGUAAUCUUCAUAAUGAGUCAGAGAGUCUAAAACAAAAGAAUAACAUAAUGGAAAAAGAGUACCUUGGUUUGCUGCACGAUGGGACUGACCCUCAAGUCUCUUGUUACAUUACAGCGCCAUCGCAUGUCCUACAGCAGAUUGAUUGCCAGAUAAUUAACAACCUGAGCUCCUUUAUAGUGAGCAAUGGUGAAGAAUUGGUCAGCAAUGUAAUCACUGUUCAAUGCUCAGAUAUGGAAAUGAAAAUCCCAUUCCCAAUAUGCAUUGCAAUUCCAUUCAAGGCACGCUACAAGGGAAAUUACAGAGACCUCAUGGUGAAAAUGUCUGACACCAACUUCCGGUCCAGCUACCUCACCCCACAUACGCUGGAAAGAAUGAGGGGAAGUUACACGGGAACUUGUGCUGCAGUGAAGGUUUACAAGUUGGGAAUGUUUUCUGUAGUGUCUUGUUUGAAAAAACAGUCUUUCACAGUGACAAAAAAGGGGCUCACUCUGAAGUCAAGCGUGGAUGCCCGGAUAUCCUUCAGUUACCCUGCGGGAGUUUUCAGCUCACCUGUGCUUGUACAAUUGAAGAUACAGCCAGUUGACCCUUCUCUGCUGUUACAUUUAAAAUCCCAUCAAGAUCCCUCAUAUUCAGUACUGUCCACGAGCCCCCUUAUCCACGUCCAGCACCCAUCAACUCAUUCCUUUCAGAAGCCAGUCACUGUAUUCCUGCCUUGUUCUCCUCUCCCUGAAAAAAAGAACCCUGAGUCUGAGAAAGAUCAUGGGAGACCAGAGAGUGCCACCGUGCACAGGAGAAUACCAACACCCUUGCAAUUCAACAGGACCAAAAGUGCAUCCAUCAGAAAACCCCUUAACAACGCUUGUGAAACUUUGAAAUUGCUAGGACUCAGAAGCAGAGACAGUGGUUGGUUUGCUGUUGAUGACACUGUGGUGAGAACUGUCCAGAGCGGCUUGAUAUCAUUUGAAUUAAGCGAGCACCUGGAGAGGUUCAUUGUAGUCCACCUGUCUUCCUCAGUGGACAAUAGCCAGUUGGUCUCUUUUGUGAAGUCUUUAGAGGAAGCCUCGCUCAGCACCACCGCCUGCAUUGUGCUGUCACACCGGAAGGACAAUCCGCACAGCGUGGUUAUUUUAGUGGUGCCUUCUAAGGAGUUAAAUCCGGCUCUGAAGAACUUGCGCUCGGAAGGGUUUGGAGGACUUCCAGAAUCAUCUAGACAUUUCCAAGUAAAAGAAGGAGAACAACUUCUUUUAAGAUUUACUGGAAACAUAUUUGGCUCAAGCAAUGGGAAGGAUUAUGGGAAAGACUACAAACUCAUUUUUCAUCUGCAAAGAAAACCAAGACUAGAACUCCGCAUCAAAGAGGUGGAUGAAUUUGGGAACUAUAGCUGCCCUCAUUAUAAGGGCGCCAUUGUGGUCUAUAAAGUUCCCAGAGAGAAGAUUGUCCAUAACAUGGAUCAAUCUCUUCAUGAAAAUCUUUAUCAGUUGCCAGUUUGCAAAUUACCACUGAAAUUGCCAAAGCAUGAAAAAGUAAUCAGCCGUCCAAAGAGUACCAAAAGAGUAUCUACAGACCCUCUAGAGGCGCUUUGGGAUAACUUGCUUCACUGGCUGGCUGAGGAGCUGUCCGAAGAAGGCGUGGAGGUCCUCGGCGCGUGCCUCCCUCUGCGCCGCAGCUCGGUGCAGCUCAUCAGACUCAAGCACCCUGACGAUCUGAUAGAGCAGAUCCACGAGCUGCUUUGCUUCUGGAAACGAGCGCUCCCGACUUCCACGGACAAAAUCCGCCUCCUGGCUCGCCAUCUCCGCAAGAUGGGCCGCGCUGACCUCGCCCAAGAGCUCAAGUUCAAGUGGGAGCAUAAGGUGUUCACAGAGCCGCAGGCCUGGUUUGACGCGGCUGCCGAGUGAAGCUGUGCGCACGCAUGGCGUGCCCCCUUACCCU